CAGAGGGAUCUCAUCUUGCAAAGUGAAGGAAAACCUAAACAACUUGUUUUGUUUGGUAACAAAAGAAAAUGGGGGAGUCGACGGUGGCGAUGGGAAUAGACAACGACGCCGGUGCUGCACCCAACGCACCUCCUCAGCAAUUGAUGGAGAGGCUCAAAGAUUACGGCCAGGAACACGUUUUCGCGCUCUGGGACGAGCUCUCCCCUCAAGAACGCCACCUCCUCCUGAACGAUAUCCAGAGUUUGGAUCUUUCCAGAAUAGAUCGGAUCAUUCGAUGCUCGCUGCGAUCCCAUGGACUGUCGGUGGCAGCAAUAGAGCCAGUUCCGGAGAGCUGCGUGUCAUCGGUGGAGGAGAGAACGAUGGAGGAGCGGGAAAGGUGGUGGAAGAUGGGAUUGAAGGCUAUCUCGGAAGGCAAAUUGGCUGUUUUGCUCCUAUCUGGUGGACAGGGUACUCGGCUCGGAAGUUCAGAUCCGAAGGGAUGUUUCAACAUUGGACUACCUUCUGGGAAGUCACUUUUUCAACUCCAGGCUGAGCGGAUUUUGUGUGUUCAAAGGCUAGCUACACACGCUAUGAAUGAGGCUGGUUCGGUGGCAAUAAACUGGUAUAUAAUGACUAGCCCGUUUACUGAUGAUGCAACACGCAAAUUCUUUGAGAGUCAUAAAUAUUUUGGUCUUGAAGCAGAUCAAGUUACUUUUUUCCAGCAAGGCACCAUACCUUGUAUCUCAAAGGAUGGUCGAUAUAUAAUGGACACUCCAUACAAGGUAGCUAAGGCUCCAGACGGGAAUGGAGGAGUAUAUUCAGCUCUGAAAUCUUCGAGAUUGCUAGAGGAUAUGGCCUCAAGAGGGAUUAAAUAUGUUGAUUGUUAUGGUGUUGACAAUGCAUUGGUCCGUGUGGCUGAUCCAACUUUCCUGGGAUAUUUCAUUGAUAAAGGUGUAGCUGCCGCUGCUAAAGUUGUCCGAAAGGCUUAUCCCCAGGAAAAGGUUGGUGUUUUUGUAAGGCGAGGUAAAGGUGGACCACUCACUGUAGUUGAAUACUCUGAAUUAGAUCAAUCAUUGGCUUCUGCAGUUAAUCAGCAAACUGGACGCCUUCGUUUUUGCUGGAGUAAUGUGUGCUUACACAUGUUCACUUUGGAUUUUCUAAACCAAGUGGCAAAUGGCCUUGAGAAAGACAGCAUCUAUCAUCUGGCAGAGAAAAAAAUUCAAUCUAUUCAUGGUUAUACAAUGGGUUUGAAACUAGAGCAGUUCAUAUUUGAUGCGUUUCCCUACGCUCCUUCAACGGCUUUGUUUGAGGUAUUACGUGAGGAAGAGUUUGCACCAGUGAAAAAUGCGAAUGGUUCGAACUAUGACACUCCAGACAGUGCAAGGCUCCUUGUUCUGCGACUGCAUGCUCGUUGGGUAGUUGCUGCGGGCGGCUUCUUAACUCAUUCGGUGCCAUUAUACUCCACUGGUGUGGAGGUGUCGCCACGUUGUUCUUAUGCCGGAGAGAACCUAGAGUCGAUAUGCCGGGGAAGAACUUUUCAUGCACCUUGUGAAAUUACAUUUUAGUUAAGACUUGUAUCAUCGUCAUCCACAUAUUCUUGAUUUAGUUGAAAAUAUAAGCUCCAUUGCAUUUGUAUGGCGAAUUGGCAACUUGCAUGGAUGUGUUUAGAUGAACUAUAGAUUUUGCAGUAUUUCGAUUUAUGGAA